CUUAAUCCUCUCAUCCUCACACAAGCGAGAAUUCUUACUCAGUUAUUCUUCAAUUUUCAUAUUAACAUUGCAUAAUAAUACCAAAAUCGGGCAGCUUCUUUAUACAGUUGAUGAAUCUUGAUCCCAUAAAUAGCAUCAAAGACGAAGAAAGUGAUGGGAAAUCAUUGUGGGAAAAGGAAACAGGAGAUGACAGCAGUUGGCCCCACUUCGAGGAAGAGGAUUACAUAGUUUUCUGUUUUUCCGAGGAUGGAGAAAUUCAUGCAAUGGAGGAUAGGAAAUCAGAGCCUUCCAAUAAUCUUCCAAGUGCAAACAAAAAGUUGAGACAUGUUAGCCGCAAGCUGAAGUACGAGGAAAAUGAAGAAAAAAACUAUAGUGGGAGCUACAAAGACAUUGUUCUAUCAUUUGAAAAGGGUGAGGAGAGCGGGAGCGGAGAUACGGAUGCAGAAUUGGAAGGAGAUGAAGGGACUAAAGGGACAAUUUGCCCAAGAGAGGAGGAGGGCAUUUUGGAACCUUCUGGAUCAAGUGCCUAUGAUCAUCCCUCAAAUGCUAGUAGAGGUUCCUUUGCCUUUCCAGU